AUGGCCUCAGCAGACUCACCACCUGCAAACGCUGCCACUGAAUCGGCGUCCAUGGAGCAAGUGAUCACCGACACCAGUACUCCUCUUAUAAGGCUCGUUGAUGAUGCAGAUGUGAACAGCGAUCCGCCACAAGUCGAAGAAGACAACAACGCAGACCUCUACAUCGUUACACCACCAGCAUACACCCAAUCCAUAGCCGAAGGCGAACAAACAGUCGACGCCGAAGAAGUCCAGGAAGAAAAACCGGAUGGGCCGUCUCGGUCACCCGAUCGUGAAGCAUUUGCCCUGGCCUUUCCGCGUGCAGUCAAUGAGCAUCCAGAACCUGCCCGACCAGCAACUCCUCUCCAUGUGUUACAAGAGCGGGCAAGAGGAAACGCUCCUCUUGCUCCGACCGGGCCAGACCCAGUUCUCUCGCACUACCUCACCGAGCCCGCGACUAUCGUCUCUCUCAUCGGCAUCCAGGCCUGCAGUCUCCUCCCCAACCGACCCGCAAUCUGGCUCAUGAAGCGCAAGAAAAUGGCGCUCUCACCACUCGCCGCCACAGUCCUGGUUAAAGAAGGCUUGAUCUGUGCCAAAGACCUCGAACUAAUAUCCCAACACCCCGGUGCCCGCCGCGACCCCACAGACCCCAUCUCCGGCAUCCUGCUAGGCGUCUACGACACCGUCGGCGAAAUCUCGCUCGGCCUCGUUGCCGGCCCCGUCGAGCUUGGUCGUCAAGCCACGCCCGUGCUGCGCCGUUACGAAUCGUCACAGCGCGAGAAUCCAAACGGCAACACGCAGCCGCUGACCGGCCGCGAACUGCUCGGCGCGCCGCAAGCCGCAGGCAAGGUUGCGCUCGAGGCAGGCAAGGGUUUGGGCAGGAUUGUGACGGCGAGCUUGAAGACGCCGAUGGUGGUAUUGAACGGGGUUACGCGGGGUUUUCAUAAUUUGCCCAAGGCGUAUGGGGAAGAGGUUAGGGUUUAUGAGAACGUUACGGGGGUGAAGAGUGGGAUGAGGGUUGGGGCGAAGAGCUUUGCUUAUGGCUUGGGCGACGGAUUGCUCGACCUCUUUAUGAAACCUGUCCAGGGCGCGCAGCGUAAUGGUGCGCUGGGCGUUGUCACUGGAUUCGCAAAGGGAGUCGGAAAUCUGGUGUUCACUCAUUGCUUCAACGCGCCUCAUGCUAAUGCGGAUGCGCUAGGUGCGGUAGGAGUCCUGGGAUAUACGUCUGUGGGAAUUUACAAAGAGAUUCGCAACAUCAAGUUUGCCGACGACGACGAGACGUGUCCAGCAGAUCUGGUGCGGAAGCUGGGCGAGGCGGAGUAUGCGGCUGCGACCGACUCGGACAAGCUGUAUGUUGUGAGGGUGUGGUGUCAGACGAUGAUGCAUGUGAGAUUGGUAUAG